AUGCUCUACGCAUUGAUGGGUAUAUGCUUUUCCUGUAAAAGACCCUCUAGCAGUCGGCUGAAUAAUAAAAUUUCUGAACACAUAUCGGCAUCGGUAACACCCCUCCAUGUUUGUCUGGAGGAACAAGGAAGACCAGAACUGGGCUCGAGUGACGCCGUGGCCAGCAGGGCACAGGUUAAGGGUAGUGGAGAUAAUUUGGGUGAAACAAUCAGUGAGUGUUCAGAGGUAGGAUCGACUCCUGUUGAGCUGGAAGAGUGGACUCAGCCAAGCAUGGCCAAUACAAUCAGUAAUAUGAAGAUGACUAACCCUAUCAAGGGGUUAGUGAGUAAACGUCGCAAGCGUUUUACUGAAGAUGGCUUUGACCUUGAUCUCACAUAUAUACAGAAUAACUUAAUAGCAAUGGGUUUUCCGGCUGAAAAACUCGAAGGAGUUUAUAGAAAUCACAUCGAUGAUGUGGUUAAAUUUUUAGAAUCUAAACACAAAGAUCAUUACAAAAUUUACAAUCUCUGCAGAGAAAGAUCUUAUGAUCCGAAAAAAUUUAAAAAUAGAGUCGCUGAGUUUCCGUUUGACGAUCAUAAUCCGCCCAACAUUGAACAAAUAAAACCAUUCUGUGAAGAUGUCCACAACUGGCUGUCACAGGACAGCAAAAAUAUCGCUGCGGUACACUGCAAAGCUGGUAAAGGCAGAACUGGUGUAAUGGUUGCCUGCUAUUUACUUCACACACAGCAGUUUACAACAGCGUUGGAGGCUCUAAAAUUUUAUGGUUCGAAAAGGACGACUGAUAGCAAAGGAGUUACGAUACCCUCCCAGAGGAGGUAUGUUGGCUACUAUGCCUCACUUGUACAAAAAAAUCUUAUCUAUCAACCAGUCACGCUUCUUUUACGGCAAAUUAUGCUCGAUCCAGCUCCCAUUUUUAAUGGUAAUCAAGGCUAUUUGCAUUUUGUGAUAUCGGAAGGUAAUAAACGUAUAUUUAGUUCGGAUACUGUUGAAGUUAAAAAAGGUUCCGCUUCAAUUUGUAUUCCAUUGAGUCAUACUGUUUCAAUAACAGGUGAUAUUCGAAUAGAAUUUUUUAAUAAAAAACCUAAACCCAAAAGAAAAGAAAAAUUAUUUCAUUUUUGGUUUAACACAUUCUUCGUACGAGACAGUCCAUCGUCAAAUAACGAUAGCGAAGAGAUGCGAUUUGAACGAUCCGCAAGAGCAUUGAGUUGUGAUGGAACAACGAUGGAAUUUCCAGCGAUGGUUAAUACUAACUCAAAGCCAAGAACCAGCUCUCUGGCAAGUCUCGGUCCAAUGCCACCGACUCUGGUUCUUGAAAUUGAUAAGUGGGGCUUGGAUGAUGCACAUAAAGACAAAAGUCAUAAAAUAUUCGCUUCUGAUUUCAAGGUGAAUUUAAUAAUGAACCAACCAUGGGAUGGACCCGGCAGUGGAAUACCGCAAGCAGUGCCAGCAAUAACUCCCAGGACUGACGUACAAGAAAGUCCAAGCGAUUCGAGUGACACAGAAAGCAGCGAGUGCGAAACAACUGGCGACGAGGAUGGAUGGGAAUCAGGUGAGUCUUCAGUAUUUCUGAUGGCGAAAACUCAGACGCUUAAGCACAGUAUUAGUUGUACAACACAUGACCGGAAUCAUCAACAUCACCUUCAUAAUAAUCAACAACAAGAACAACAACAACAACCACCACCUCCACCACCACCACCACCACCACCACCACCACCACCAUCACAGCGACACAAUAGUGAUUUUAAACCAUGUAUUGAGGUGGACAUGGAUCAACGUGUUGGCCGGUAUCGUCUAUUAUCUGAUGGAGGAAUAAUUGAUGUUUUGUGA